AGGGUUAAUUGACUUAUCUCAGCAGGUGGAGGCUAGUUUCCUUCGCUGACAGCCACUCUUUGUACUGGACUCCUCAGCUGCUCACACAGCAUUUGCUUCUGUGGGCUGAAUUGCUGGCCAAGACCAGGAUCAGGAAGGAUACUGCAGCAUACUUUAUGAAUAGUCUUCUGUUUAUCACUUUGACAAAAUAGAGGAGGCAACUCCCUAGGCUGAAGUUUGUUGAUUGCCCUGGAAGAAGUCAAGGGCCACAAAUUCACACUUUGAUAAAGGCCUGAAACAUCACCAACACCACCAACAAUGGGUAACAGCAAGAGUGGGGCUGUGUCCAAGGAGAUCUUGGAGGACUUGAAGCUCAACACUAAAUUCUCAGAGACUGAGAUCGUCCAGUGGUAUGAAAACUUUAAGAAGCAGUGUCCAACAGGCCGCAUCUCAAAAGAGGAGUUCCAGAGCAUCUACAGCAAGUUCUUCCCAGACAGCGAUGCCAAUACAUAUGCCCAGCAUGUCUUUCGCUCCUUUGACACAAAUGAUGAUGGUACACUGGACUUCAAGGAGUAUAUCAUCGCCCUCCACAUGACAUCAACAGGGAAGACCACCAGGAAACUGGAAUGGGCAUUCUCUCUGUUUGAUGUGGACAAGAACGGAUACAUCACCAAGUCAGAGGUCACAGAAAUUUGCUCGUCAAUUUUCAAGCUGAUUCCUAAAGAUGAAGUGGCUGAUCUGCCUGAGGAUGAAAACACACCUCAGAAGAGAGCAGAUAAACUCUGGACGUUCUUUGACAAGGGAGAGAAUGAUCGAGUGGCAGAAGGAGAGUUCAUCCAAGGAGUGUUGGACAAUGAGGCAGCCCUUCGUUUGAUUCAGUAUCAGCCGGCAAAAUAACUCUUUUAUCAAACAGAUUAAUUGUAUAACUCUCCACUCAUGUCUUUUGCACUCUGCCCUUCAAUCUGACACGCGACAGCACCUUCAGAAAUUGUGAACUUAUAGGAGUUGCCACCGUCACACUGCAUUGUUCAAAUUGAACUGCAGUGAAUCUUCUUAUGGGUUUUACAACUUUUGUUACCAAUGUGCAUGCACUGUCUGAACAGUUUUCUUAAUGGAUACACACACAAAUUGCAUCAACUAAAUGUUAAAAAUUCCCCCAGUUAUCUGCAACUGUGGUUAUCAUAGCAACUAUCUCCACAUAUCAAAGCUUCACAGCAACUCCUACUUGACAGGUAUAUAUCGAACAUGAAGUACAUCCUUAAAGUGACUCCUUAUACACAAAAAGAGAUUUACGUGUAAAAAAAAAAAAAUUAAUAAAACAAAAAUCAAUCUCCACAUAAUUCAACUCCAACCCUCAUUCCUAUUUUUAUGUGCAAUAUUCCAUUAUAUGUGUAACCUAAAUAAUACUAAAUCCUGCAACUAAGUAAAACGAAACUAUUAUCUUUACCUGCUAAGAUUAGUUUCUUCUCUGAAAUUUCAGUAGAUGAGGCACAUACAGUAUUUCUGAAACUGACAGUGUUUAGUUUACAUUUCUUAAGAAAAACUACAUUAUGAGGGUUUGUUUUAGCAACUCAAGCUUUCAUUUAAAUAUAAUGUCAUGUACAUCAGUUAUCUUUGU